AUGUCCGACAUCAGCAUCGGGAACGAACUAAAAGAUGCGUUCAAGCCGACGGAUGCUUGGGCUUACAACAACAUCAAGUGGCUCUCAGACGUGGAGGCGUUCUACCGUGCACGCGCGGAGUUGGAGCGCGAGUACGCGACAAAGUUGAAGCAGUUGUGUGCGGAGUCGUUCAAGAAGAAGGCCAAUGUCCUGACACUGCUUUCAGUUGGGGACAUGCCAAAGGUGACGCCCGGAUCGUUGGAGAGCGCAUCUUUGGUAAUGUGGACAGAGGUGUUGACCCAGACGGAGCAGAGCGCGCGCGACCGCAUGGCGUUCGGCGACGAUUUGAAUGCGAAAGUCGCGGCGCGUGUGACACAGCUCCAGGGAAACUCAGAGGCGCUCCGCGCAAAGUUAGCGCUGCUUCAUGAAGUGGUGCACGAGGAGCGUGAAAAGUUCUACAGCGAGUUAAAAAAAUCGAAGGAAAACUACGACCACGUUUGCCAGAGCAUGGAGAGCGCGCGAAUGAAGGCGGAGAAGUCCGCGAGCGACAAGACGCGCAAGCGUGAGCAUGAGAAAGAGGUGGAAAUGAACAUCGCCAAGAACGAAUACUUGAUGAAAAUCGGUGUCGCGAACCGUUUGAAGGACAAGUACUACUAUCAAGACUUGCCAGAGAUUUUAGACAACUACCAGGACUUGAACGAGAUGCGCGUGAUGAAAUUGAACGCGAUCAUUGCGCGGGCAGGCGAGUUGGAGCGGGCGGCGGGUACGCGCGUCAGUGCCAAUCUCGAGCAGAUCGACGCGGUCGCACAGCAGAACUUGCCGCAUUUGGACACGGCGAUGUAUAUCAAGCACAACAUGGAGCCAUGGACGGAGCCAGUGGACUUUACCUACGUGCCGUCGCCCAUCUGGCACGAUGAUGAGAACUUGGUGGUACGCGAACCAGAAUUGACGACCCUCCGGGUGGUAUUGAACAAGUCCUUGCUGAGCUUGGACCGCUACACCGAGCUCACGACCAAUGAAAAGCAGAGCUUGGAGGAACUAAUUCGCCAGAAGCAAGAGUUGCGUGCGGCGGGAAAGUUGGCCGACUACGAAACCAUCUUCAAGAAGAUCAUCAAUACGUUGAACAUGUAUGUGAUGGACGAUAACAAGCGCGUGAUUGCCCAGGUGGAAGUUGAGACGAUCCAGAACUACGCUGGAGACCAAGAUAUGUCCUACACCGUACAGGAGAAGACCAAGCGGCUGUUUGGACUCUUUGGGAAGAAGAAAACGGUAAUUGUUCCGGGCACGAGUGAUUCGUUGAGGCGAACAAACACCAAUGCUACGGCAAACACCAAUGCUACGGCAAACACCACUUCCUCAGGCGCCACACACACAAGCGGUUUGCUCGGCCACUUCCGCCACAAGACUGCCUCUGUUUCGUCCAGCGCCAGCGCCAUUGCCACCGGAACGGCGUUGUAUCCGUACGAAGCCACAGGGGCUGAUGAAGUGUCGAUGCUAGUAGGGGAGGCUGUGAGUGUGGUGGAGGCAGACGACGGUGGCUGGACCAAGGUUUCACGGAAGUCGGGGGAGCUGGGGUUGGUGCCAACGUCGUACCUCGAGAUUGUGGAGGAAAAGAAGAAAGGCCCGGCUGUUGCUCCGCGGAGGGGCGCCAAAAAGGUGGCCCAUAUCGAGGUUUUGUAUGACUACAGUGCUGAUGGGGAUGACGAGAUUUCUGUCCGUGCAGGUGACAAGCUUGUAUUGGUCACGGGCGAUGUUGACGGCUGGACUGAGGGAGAGUUGAACGGGAAAAGGGGAUUGUUCCCGACGAGCUAUGGUAAGAUUUUGUAAGAAUAUAAGAUGCUGGACACAGCAAUGCAGAUAAAAGAGGCAGUGGUAGAAGGAGCAGCAUGAUUAGGAAGCUGGUAAUCGGGGUAUACAGUAAAGACACAGAGAGGGGGAGAGAAGGCACUAGUUGUGGAGUGGAAGGAAGAAGAUAAAUAAAUAGGACGGGGAUAUGUGAUAAAUGGU